AUGGGCAUACAUAGGGCCCGGGGCGGGCGGGAUCAUCACUUGCGGGUGCUGGCCGGUCAUGAACAUGCCGUGCAGGUGUUGGUGGGGGUGCGACGUGAGGAAGAAGGGCUGAGCCGGGUGGUGGACGGGAGGACAUGCUGUCGGGCAUGUCCUCCGUCUCCCCUGACGGCCGCUACCCGUCGCCCUUCACUUUGCCGGACGCGCGUUCCGGCGCCCAGCUCGGCGCCCUUACGGGCGGCAGGGUCGGCAUCGCAUUUAAUGGCGUCGAGAUGGCCCUGCUUGGGCUCACCAUCGCCAUUCGUGCAAACUUUGCACCCAAGAAAGGCGCCGAGGAGGCGCCGAGGAGGUGCCGCUAUACACCCUGAUCACCCUCGGGGUGACGCCACCGCGGACGAAAAACCUUGUCCAAUUUUCCAACCACCAACUUUUAGGCCAUUGGGCAAGAUUGGCAUACCCCACCGCGCCUCUACGAUUCCCAAAGUUCGGAAAUUGCGCAAGAUUUUCGCCCAAACCAAAAAUGUUCCUAAAAAGCAAUCUACAAAUUUAACAGAUUUUUAUUGUGCUGACAGUUGUACCGAAAGGGACGUCCCCUUUGGUGGAACUGAGUUGACAGGCUGA